CUGCCUUCCUGAGGAUACUAAAAAGACAUCUGCUUGGUUUUGAUUAUCAUCUACAGUAUAUCACGGUCACGCUAACAGACAGUGCAGUUCUUCUUCAUCAUAAAACUUUAUUUUCUGCAUGCGUUUUAAAACUAUAUCAGUUUAAACUUCUAAUUUAUAAUUUUCUAAGCGCACACAUCUUAAUCACACACAGAUAGCUGGCUGUCAGACAGCACAUCUCGUUUCUCCCCCCGCUGUACUGAACCAGUACCUAACCGUGACUUCAAAACCAAGGGCUAGAGGAAGGCCGAAGAUGAAGACUGUGAUUGUGGUGCAUGGUGGCGCGUGGGCCAUCCCGGAUCUGUUAGCCGAAGCAUCCGUGGCUGGAGUCAAGAAUGCUGUGCGGGCAGGGGAUACUGUUCUGAAGAAUGGGGGGAGUGCAAUUGAUGCUGUAGAAAAAGCUGUGAGGUCUUUGGAGGAUGACCCAGCGUUUGAUGCAGGUCAUGGUGCAGUGCUCAAUAUUGAUGGAGAGGUGGAGCUGGACAGUGUCAUCAUGGAUGGGGAAACACUUGCCGCUGGAGCUGUGGCCUCUGUUAGAAACAUUGCUAACCCUGUUAGUCUUGCUCGUGCUGUGAUGGAAAAGACAGAUCAUGUUAUGUUGACAGACAGAGGGGCAAGCAUGUUUGCAGAGCGCAUUGGUAUUCCAGUAUCUCAUGAUUUGGUGACUGAGCCAGAACGCAAAGAGUGGGAACACAGCAACAGCUAUGGAGCCGAAGUCAAACAGCACUACAACACACAAUGGGGCCAUGAUACCGUUGGAGCGGUGGCUCUGGACUCUUUCGGUAAUGUGGCGUGCGCAACGUCCACUGGAGGAAUCAGAAACAAAAUGGUGGGAAGAGUUGGAGAUUCUCCUAUUAUAGGAUCUGGUGGAUAUGCAGACAAUAGAAGUGGCGCGGUCUCCUGUACUGGUCAUGGAGAGUCUAUUCUCAAAGUCACCUUAGCCAGAUUAAUCCUCUUUCAUAUGGAGCAAGGGAAAUCAGCCACAGCCGCUGCCACCGCCUCACUCCAGUACAUGGGUGAGAGAGUGAAGGGAUGUGGAGGCGCCAUUGUUCUGUCCUCCACAGGGGACUGGGCCGCCGGCUUCACCACACCACGCAUGGCUUGGGCCUCCAUUAAAGAGGACGUCCUGCACUGGGGCUUGAAUCCGAAAGAAGAGUUUACCGAGAUGCUGAAAUGUUAACGUUUUUAGUUUUAAUCAUAUUUUUAAUUAACCUUAUAGUGAAUUUCUUGAGACUUUGAGCUAGUUCAUCAGUUUGUCUUAAUGGUUAGCUUCUAUCAGUUUGUUCUGUUUAAUUUCAUUUAUCCUUUAUAUAAACCUACAAGUUAUUUUACAUCAAUAGCUAUGAGCUCUUUUUCACAUCAAAAAGAUAACAAAUACUCCUCGAUUCAUUGAUUUAAAAACAAAAAACCUUAUCUAUGACUAUUGAUAGAUGUUAAAAAAAAAUGAAAAUACAUGUUAGUAACAUUUAGCCAUUUACUCUGUAUACACUUAUUAACAUUUAUGCAAGUUGUCCCCUACUGUUUCUGUAUUGUACAAACAAUAGAAACAUAAUAUAGUGUUGAAACAUGUAUAGUGUAAGUGACUAGAUGAAGAAUUAAGAUUUCUUAUAAGCUUAACCCACAAUUAUUGAAAAAUGAUAAGAGUUAUCUAGUUAGCAUUAUAUGUAUCCACAAAUGACAUCUGAGUGCAUAGACAUCAGAUAUAUUAUAAACAAUAUAAGACAAAUGUAUAACAGCCAGUGUUGGGGAAAGUUUUUUUUUUUUUUUAAAGUAAUGUGUUACAAUAUUGCAUUACUCCCUUAAAAAGUAACUAAUUGCGUUACUUAGUUACAUUUUAUGGAAAGUAAUGCAUUACAAUUCUUUUUGCGUUACUUUUUCUCACCUGGGCUGGGAUUGCUUGUUUGUUUUUAAUUUUAAAAAAAGUUAUUGGCAAAUAUAAAGGCCAUUUCCCCCCAAAAGUGCCUCAGGCUGAAGGAAAUGCACACCUAAACAGUAGAGGGUGCAGCUCAAACAAACCUUUCAGCUGUGAAAGAAGAAAGUUCAACACUGUUACUUGAGCAAUAAAAAAAUAAAAUAAAAAAACACAAAUGUGUUUAAAUAGUAAUUUUGCUUAUUGCUAUGGUUAAAUUGGAUCAUCAAAUGUCAGCAGCAAAGACACUGGUUAAUAAAGUGAGAAUAAUACAUAUUUUAUAUUUAUAUAUACAUAUUUUCAUAUAUAUAUAUAUAUAUAUAUAUAUAUAUAUAUAUAUAUAUAUAUAUAUAUAUAUAUAUAUAUAUAUAUAUAUAUAUAUAUAUAAUAUAGUAUAUUUGUAUUAUCUAACAUAUUGGUUUGCUUAAUAUUCUGAGUAUUCCGAGCACUGAUUUCUCAAAACAUGCAAGAGAGGUGUCAGUCAAUAAAUGGGAAAGCAAAGUAACUUUUGUUACUUAUUUGAAAAUGUAUUUUUUUUGUGAAUGUAAAAGUAAUGCUUUACUCGUUAUUUGAAAAAAGUAAUCUGAUUACGUAACU